AGUCUGGGAGGAGAGGAAACCUCCAGCCCCCUCCCUGAGAAGACCCUGCUUUUGGGGGGUAAAACAAAACCUACAUUUUAGAUUAUUUCAAAGUAACUAAAUGGAGUCGGUAGCUAUUUAGCUGUGUUGUUGUCUGUGUCCUUUUUGGAGGGGGGGAGGAGAAGAGGAAAAACAUCAACCAUCAACCUUCAGCCACCGCACCCCCUCCCUGACAAAAAACCCUCUUUGGGUUAAAAACUAAAUUUAGAUUCGUUCAAAGUAACAACAUGGAGUCGGUAGCUAUUUAGCUGUGUUGUUGUCUGUGUCCUUUUCUUUUGGGGGAGGGUUUUUUUUUUUAACCUAGUGGGACAACCAUAUGGACUAUGUGACUGUGUGACACCCGGAGAAGCGUUAUAGCGGUCCAUGAAGAGCCGUCUAUCCGUCGGUAGUCCUCCUUCUGUCCGGUCGAGUGGACUUGAUGAACCCCGGUCCGUCCACCCUGACCCGACAACACAAACAAGGUCAUGGACUUCCCGGGCCACUUCAACCAGGUCUUCCAGCAGCUGAACUACCAGCGCGUCCACAGCCAGCUGUGUGACUGUGUCAUUGUGGUGGGCAGCCGCCAUUUUAAGGCCCACCGCUCGGUGCUGGCGGCUUGCAGCACUCACUUCAGAGCCCUGUUCACCGUCGCCCAGGGAGACGCCAGCAUGAACAUGAUACAACUGGACAGCGAGGUGAGGAUGAUUACGAUGGUGAUGAUUAAGAUGAGGAUGAUGAGCUCAGCGGACUCGUUCCUGCUGCAGCAGCUGGGUCUAAGCCUGGUGAGCUCUGCCCUGGGCGGGGUGGAGGAGGAUGGGCUAAGGGGUGGUAGCGAUGGUGUUAGCAUUAGUGGUGUAGUGGAGCACAAAGCUUCCUUCCCCAUUCGACGUUUCCACAAGAGAAAGCCCUCCCUGAGCUUUAGCCUAUCUGAGGACAGGCCCAGGCAGAGGCCCCGCCCCUCCGGAACCCACGGGGAUGAGGAAGUGGGACUACUCUCCCCCGACUCCCACAAGACUGGGGAGGAGGCCAGACUGGACACGGCGAUCACCAACCUAGUGGUGGUCAAGUGUGAGCCUCUGAGCUCCCCAGAGCCAGCUGAUGACAUCACCAUCCAGGGUAGCGACCAGCUGGGACCUGGAAGAGGAGGAGGAGGAGAGGAGGAGAAGGUAGAACUGAGCCCACAGAGCAGCGACCGUAGUCUCUCCUCCUCUGACCAACAGCUUCUCCAGCCCAGUUCCCAGCUCCUGCUCAAAGGAGGUCUUGGUAGUGGGAUUGGCGGUGGUUUUGGCUGUAGUAACCAUCUUGAUGGGAAGUCUGGUUUUAGGAUUUCUAGCUUCCUCGGCGCCAAGGUCUUUGGAAGCGGGGGUCGGGGUCGAUGCCGGGGACGUGCGACCUCCUCAACACGACGACCGGCGAUGGCAGCGACACAUGGCUUCCUGCUGAGCCCGGAACACUCUGGAACCAAUAACUCCGCCUCGAUGCUCCGUCCCGGGUCGGCCAACCACCUGCACCUGCUGGGUGGCGACGGUCUCGGGGGAUUCUCUACAGGCACCGAUUCGCUCUUCCUGCGUCCCCUGCAUGACGGUCUGGGAAACCCCAGAGGAGGAGGAGGAGGGUUCCCAGAUCCGUUUUCUCUGGACUUCCAGCGCUCCAGCCUGGGUCUGCACUCCCUGGCCCGAGCCUCUCGAGGGAGCUCCCUGGGCUUCCCUGGAUACCGCCGCAUCGCACCUAAAAACGACAACGUGGCAGGAGGAGGAGGAGGAGGAGAAACGGGGGUCGUUCAUCUCCAAGACGCCCUGUCUUCCUCCAGUCUGGGGGAAGGGGGACCCCUGCUUCUGAACGGUUCGGGAGGUUACAGUCAGGCCCACCCACCUCGUCCUCAUCCGCCCCCACACCCUCGCCCCCAGCUGACCCGUGCCUCUGGCGUCCUCUCCAAGUGUAAGAAGGCCCUGUCCGAACACAACGUCCUGGUGGUGGAAGGAGCCAGGAAGUACGCCUGUCGAAUCUGCUGUAAGACCUUCCUCACUCUGACCGACUGUAAGAAACACAUCAGAGUCCACACUGGGGAGAAACCGUACGCCUGCCUCAAGUGUGGCAAACGUUUCAGCCAGUCGUCUCACCUGUACAAACACUCCAAGACCACGUGUUUACGUUGGCAGAACAGCAACAUGGCCGACGCACUGAUGUAGAUGCUUCGG